AUGCAUGCUCUAAAUGCACUCAUCGGCUCAGUCCGUCUGGUUUCUUCGUCCAUGCUUGUGCAAGUCAGAGGUCGCGGACUCUCGAUCAGCUUGGCUUUCAUGCUGUGCGCAGGAGCGUCGCUAUGCCUGUUCGACCCCACCGAGGCGAAUGCGCACGAGAGAACACUCCUUCGGAGGAAUGUUGCCUCUGAACCAGGAGUGUACUUCACGGCGUGGCCUGCGGCCACCUACUGCCACAUAGGGAAAGCCACUCCUGCCACCACGUACCAUGCCGAAUACGAGUGCUUGCUUUGGACGCACAUGCCCGUUUUGAGAAUGACCACCACGCCGAUGUACCGCCUGUGUCACCUGAUGAAGCUCUUCCAUAUCGAGGAUCACGGAUUGUUGGUCCAGGACACAUUGCUACAGAUGGACACACUGACGUGGGAUGAUUGCUACUUUGAUGUGCGGAAUGAAACGAAACCACCUGAAAAUUGUGCCACUUGCGAAAUCGCCCUGGUUUGUGCCACUGAGCUCCACUACUCGAAUGGACCAGAAUGUGUCACGAAAGCAGAAGGCAACAACGAUGUCCAGUAUUGCUACGGAAAAGAUAAAGUCAACGCUACGGAGGCCAGCAAGCGGUGCGCAGAGAAGUCAUCGGCGCUGGUGGAGAUAGAGGAACUGCCCAGACUACUACACGAGACGCUCGCGAAUGAGCCUUUGCUCAACUGGGAGUUCUGGGUAGACCUGACAAAGGAAGACGUGAGAGAGCUCGCCGGCGUGGUUGCAUUCGACGUGGAUGAUAUUGACUGGAAUAUGCCUUGCAUCACGGUGUGGUUCGGCGCUUGGGUACCGUGGUUUUACAAGCGCAACUGUAGCCAUUUAUAUCCAGUGAUAUGCGAGAACAGCACAUAUUCUGAGAGUGGACGAUUCCGUUACCCUAUUAACGUUGAAGUUUACUGUGGACCCCUCGAUCAGUGGCCCGAUACGCCCUUCGAAUAUUGGGACGCACGCAGCACGAGCAGCCGGCAAGAUAGCAUCGACGAGUGCCUCGCAGUCGAAUUAUCCGAGUCUCCACAGGACUUUUUUCACUUUCCAAAGUGCAAUAGGAUUCCACGUAACUGCUCUGAAGAACUCGGCUACGUAUGCAAGAAAAGCCAUCCACCGAAGACUCAUGGUUUCACCUGCGGCAAGUAUACACAUAACUAA